AUGAGGGUAUAUCUGAACAAGAGCCCGCGGUCCGUGGCCAUUGUGUCGGACGGGUUUGCGCUGCUGCUGCGAGAGAUGCACGGCCAGGCGUCCAAAGACAGCAAGCCCAAGUGCGUGAUCGAGUUCGUGCCCGAGCAGCUCGUGCCGUUGCACAAGUAUGUGGAGCUCAAGGGGCUCGGCGGAUCCGAGAUCCACGCGGUGCUGGGAAUCGUGUGCAUGAAGGGCCUGGUGUUUGUUGGGUUUGUGACUGGCCGUUCGGAGGUCGGGUCGGUGCGCAUCAACGAGCGCAUAUACAAAAUCACAGCCACGACGUUUGUGUGUCUGAACAGCGACUCGUACGACUAUGCGCUUUUUGACGGGCGCAUCCGAACACACGAGGAUUUCCCGGAGAUUCCUGUCCACUCGAUUAUCCGCCUGCUCGCCACAGGAACGUUCUACUACUCGCCCUGCUUCGACCUGGUGUCGCGGUUCCAGGAACGGGGAGUUCGCAGCGCACGGUCGGUCUCGUCGUUCAAUCUUGUCGACGACUACGACGGCCGCUUUGCGUGGAACCGCAGCAUGAUUGGCCAGCUGCAGUUGUUCCGCAACCGGCUCAGCAAGGACGAGAGACGAGUAUUCAACGCGGGCCAGUUCGUGGUGUCGAUAAUCCGUGGCUUUGCGCAGACCGUGACCGUCAACGAGAACGAGGGGCUGCUCACGAUCAUCUCGAAACAGAGCUGUCUCAAGGGCUCGCCCAUGUUCGGGCCGUACUGCGCGGACGACGACGGCAACGUGCCGAACUUCGUCGAGACAGAAAUCAUUCUCACCAACAAGUACUACUGUUUUGCGCUUGUCCAGCUGAGCGGCAACGUCCCGCUCGUGUGGAAGCUCGAGUCGCAGCUGAUGUCGACGAAAAUCGAAUUCCCCAGGUCCGAGGAGGCGUCGAACGUUGCGUUCUCAAAGCACUUCGAAACGCUCAUUCUCGAGCACGGCGCAGUGCACGUGAUCGACGCGCUCUCCAGAAGCGGCGACCAGCCAGAGCUCAGCCGCCGGUACGCGAAAAUGGUGCAGCAGUCGCCGUUCUGGGGCAGCCAUCUCUCAUACACCAAGGCAGACAUCCCGAGCUCGCUGAUCUUCAAAUCCAGCUACCAUUAUCUGGCCCCGCUGAUGCAGCAGAUCUCCGACCAUCUCAAGACCUACGAGGCUUUCUGCUUUGACAUAGAGACACGCACAUACAUCGGACGACAGUCUGGUGUGCUCUUGGUCAACACGCUGGCCUCGACCGAACGCGCCAACACCAUCAUGGCUGCUGUGUCUGCCGAGGUGCUUGAUUAUUUCUUCAAAUUUUUGAACUUCACUCCAGGCCCCGAGUUCUGGGCCAAACACCAGUUCCUGUGGACAGAGAACGGGACGUGCCUGGAAAGAAUGGUGGAAGGGUACACCUCGAGCAAGACCAAGACCAAGAGCGGCGGUUUUGUAGGCAAGGUGGCAGAGAAAUCCAAGAAAUACGUUUCUUCGACGUCGUCCGUGACGUUUAGCAAGCAGAACCAGUUCGACAAGCUGCUUGGCCAGCGCGACUCGCAGGUGGAAGUCGCACUGUAUGACCCGAUCCACGAUUACGUGAUGGCUGAGCUGCAGAAACGGGCAGACGAGUUUACAAUGACCAAGGAACUAAGUCUCUGGACAGGCACGUUCAACGUUAACGCGAUCAAGUACGACGGCGACAUCACGAGCUGGUUUUUCCCUGCUCCUGAAAAGUACCCGGAGUACGACAUUAUUGCAGUCGGGCUCGAGGAGGUGGUGGAGCUGAGUCCGGGCAAGAUGCUGAAUAUCGAUGCUUCCACCAAGAUAUUCUGGGAGAAAAAAAUCAAGGAGACGCUCAACUGGUUCAAGGAGGGUGUGGGCUACACGCUGCUGAAAAGCGAGCAGCUGGGCGGGAUAUUGAGCCUGGUGUUUGUGCAGGAGAAAAAUCUCGAGUACAUCAGCAACGUCGAGACCAGUUUCAAAAAAACCGGUUUCCGGGGUAUCUCGGCCAACAAGGGCGGCAUCGCCAUUGCGUUCGACUACUCGUCCUCGAUCCGGCUGUGUUUCAUUGCGUCGCAUCUGGCCGCCGGACACCACAACGUGGAUGAGCGACACCAGAACUACAAAGCCAUUGCCAACGGGCUGCGGUUCAGACACAACAAGAGCAUCCGGGACUUCGACUGUGUUUUCUGGGUCGGCGACUUCAACUUCCGGAUCGACCUGCCAAACGAGCAGGUGCGCACGCAUCUGGACGAGGUGAGGUUCACGCCCCUGUUUGAGUACGACCAGCUCAACAAGCAAAUGGCCACGGGCGAGUCGUUCCCGUAUUUCAACGAGAUGGCCAUCAAUUUCCCGCCCACGUACAAAUUCGACCGCGGCACAGACACCUACGACACGUCCGACAAACAGAGGGUGCCUGCGUGGACGGACCGGAUCCUGAGUCUUGCGCGGAGCAAGAACGUUGUGCUGCGCCAGCUAGAGUACGGGUGUGCGCAGGAGAUCAAGUUCAGCGACCACAAGCCGGUGUACGGCGUGUUCCACGCCAAGCUGGACAUUGCGGACCAGAAGAUCAUGUCGGAGAUCGAGAAACAGCUGUACGAGACGCGCAAGGUGGAGCUUGUAGGCGUGAACUCGCUGGUUCUGGCGCAGAACAUCAACGAGUCGACGUUUCUGCUCACGCACGGCCUGCCUGCUCCGUCGGGCAAGACGACGGGCGCGAAGUGGUGGAUCCCCAGCGGCACCUCGGGCAAGAUCAAGGUGAGCUUCCCGGAGGUCGACAGCGGCAGGUACGUCAUCAACCCAAAGCUGCCCGCCAACCCGUUUACGAAAACUACAGAGGAGGAGUUUGUGAAAAAACCAGUCGAAUCAAUUGGGCCUCACUCGGAGUGA